AUGACCGCCAUCGAUAGAGUUGCCAAUCAUCCAGGCUCCAGCGACGAUAAGGUGCUCGCCGAGACGGAAUCAGUGCCAUUAGAAGACCUCGAAUCUGGCAGGGACAGCCCAGUGAAUGUUGAUGUUGACGGCCACGAACCAGGUCGUUCCGAGGAUUCUCUAGACUUUUCUGAACACGACGUCGACCAUGGUCUCCUAGGUGGUCGCAGCAGUCGAAGCCCAUACCCAGGAAAUCAUACACAACGGAGCACAGCUUCAGGUUGGCUUGGAUGGGCGGGCGCUUUUCUUAGGGGCCCGGAGCCUCCGCGCAAACAUCGCAUCACGCCAUUCUUUGAGGGCUUUCAAACUGCGCCGAUCCGCAUAGUCAGACGACUACUUCCGACUGUCAAAUCAAAGAUUCUGGCUUUGAUCGCGUUACAUGCCCUGUGGGCGUUGAUAUUUUUGACGGUUCUGAACUGGUCGGUCGUUGGCCCCGAGAUCCCUGGAUACGGAAUGCCGAAUCGACUUUCAUGCGGGUCGAGGCUGUGGCAUAAUGGUACCCUCUGUGGUAUCAAUGGUGACGCAUGCCGUCCUUUUGACGACCAGGCGUUUGCCUUCAGAUGUCCCGCCGGGUGCCUUGACACCAUCCUCCUGGAGCCAUAUACUGUGGGCGACCAGGAAAUAAAUUAUAAGCCCCUGGUGGUUGGUGGCGCACCGGGUUCCGAAGAUACGACUGCUUAUUAUCGAGGUGAUUCCUUCAUCUGUUCCGCCGCAAUCCAUGCUGGUAUCAUCAACACUGCUGCCGGAGGAUGCGGGAUUCUUCGACGCACAGGCGAGAGAAACGAAUUUAAUUCUGUAGAGAGAAACGGCAUCUCUAGCAUUUCCUUCAAUUCUUCUUUCCCACUCUCGUAUGUUCUCGAGAAGGAGAUGGCUGCUGUGUGCCGUGAUCCGCGAUGGCUGCUCUUUGCCAUGUCUGUCUUCUUCACAUCCAUCGUCUCACUGUGCACUACCUCGCCGGCUGUGUUCUACGUCUCUGUUUGGUUCAUAUCAUGGUUCCAAGUCGCACUGGCAUCCGAUCCCCCUUUCUCCUCAGAUUACCUCGAGGUCGUUUCGACUGGUAUGGGCCGUUUACUACCGGCCGCUUUUGUCGGCUGGGCCAUAUUCUAUUUCUGUGUUCAGGAUACUCUGCGGGGUCUCACUGCUCAAUGUGAAAAGACCGUUCUAUGGCUCGGCCCAUUCUGGGUUGGCGCUUUGAAUACCGAUACUUUUGACCGGAUCCCAAUAUCGCGGUUGACUCCGCACGACAUUCAGCAACAACCGGGCGCUAUACCUGCAUUGAUUAUCAUUGUGUCCGUCAUUGUGUUUAUCGUGGUCUCACAGGCCUGGGCUAUCUGGUCUGCAGGAAAGCUGCCUCGGUACCUGGUAAUAUAUGGCAGUAUGGUAGGCGCGUUAUUGGUCAUGGUUGUCAUACCUCAGCUUAACCUCCGUAUUCAUCAUUAUAUCCUCGCGCUUCUAUUCCUUCCUGGGACUGCACUGCAAACUCGGCCGAGUCUCGUCUAUCAAGGCUUGCUUGUGGGCCUUUUUAUUAACGGCAUCGCUCGCUGGGGGUUUGAUAGCAUUUUACAAACUCCGACUGCUCUACUUGGAGAUGCCCAGCUAGGCAGUCCCCUACCAAACGUCACUCCUCCUAUUGUUGAAGCUGCAGGAGACAGCCUUACAUUUCUGCUAUCAGCCCUCCCAACCGAUGUCUCCGGUAUCGCCGUGUUAGUCAACGAUGUUCUACGCACGCAUUUAUACCGUGCUUCCCCCGCACAAAAAAGUGCCAAUAUAGAAGAAACAACAGAUUUGUCCUUCGAAUGGACGCGCUUAAGUCCAAGACACACAGAGUAUUUUAGAUUUGCGUAUAUCAAGACCGGUGCACUGGGGGGCGUGUGGUACGAUGACUUUACAAAGGCCGGUGUCUGGAAAGAAGAUGGGGAUUGGGUUCAUAUGCCUCCGGGGCCGAGCCGUUGA